AUGCAUGGCAGAAACCCCCAUUCUGCUCCUCACAAGAUAUGUGUGAUGGAUAGCGAUCUCUUGGCCCAGCAGGAUACAGGGACCAUGCAUGCUGUAAUUGGUCAGGAUCCUAUGAUUUCUGGACAGCAGCUCAGCAAACCCUUGCUGUCCCUUCGAGCUGAAAUGAAUGCAGAAUCGAGAGGUGAGGACAAGGCGACCACUUCAGACAAUGAGUUAAAUGAGUCUCUGCUUGUGCCUGUGGAAUUAAAUGACAGCGAGGACACUCCCAGCAAGCUCUUCGGGGCCAGAGGAAACACUACACACUCGGAACCUGGUACACCUGACCAACACCAGCCUAGCCAAACACACCCCUCCUUUACAGUUGGGGCGCAGCCAUUGUUAACAGCACAGCAGUUGGCCUCAGCUGUAGCAGGAGUGAUGCCAACCAGCAAUCCUGCCCUCAAUCAGCCAAUCCUCAUACCGUUUAAUAUGGCUGGUCAACUUGGCAACCAGCAGGGGCUUGUUCUCACAUUGCCAACCGCCAAUUUAACCAACAUCCAGGGCCUGGUUGCAGCAGCUGCCGCUGGAGGCAUUAUGACAUUACCACUGCAAAACCUGCAAGCUACCUCAUCCUUGAAUUCUCAAAUACAGCAACUUCAACAUCUUCAGCAGCUGCAACAGCAACAAGGACAACAGCAACCACAACAGAACCACCAGCUGCCUGGCCAGCAGGCAUCAUCCCCUCAGAAACAAAGCCAGUCCCCAGGGCAAGGCCUCCAUUCACCACUGACUCCAACCAAUCCCCUUCAGCUGGCAAGUCAAGCAGCAGCCAUGGGUUCCAUAGCUGGCUCUCAGGCCUUCAGCAAUGCUCUCUCCAACCUGCAAGGGAUGACUUCCCAACUAGUCACGAAUGCACAAGGCCAGAUCAUCGGGACAAUCCCUCUGAUGUCAAACCCUACAGUGCCAUCUAAUCAAAAUGCAGGUGGGACUCAAGGCAUCCAAGUACAACCAAUUACCCCGCAGCUACUGACUAAUGCCCAAGGUCAGAUCAUUGCCACAGUGAUUGGAAAUCAGAUCUUGCCAGUAAUCAACACACAGGGAAUUACACUGUCACCCAUAAAGCCAGGCCAGCAGCAGCAACAGCAUCCGCAGGUAGGCCAGGUGUCCCAGGCUAACCUUCUGCACAUGGCACACGGGCAGUCCUCUCUCGCACAAAGCCCAGUGCGUCAGGCCUCUUCUUCUUCCUCUUCAUCCUGUUCUUCUUCAGUUCUGAGUGUUGGACAGUUAGUCAGCAAUCCUCAAACAGCAGCCAGUGAAGUUGAUGGAGUGAACCUUGAAGAAAUUCGUGAGUUUGCAAAAGCAUUUAAAAUUCGACGUCUGUCUCUUGGUCUGACACAGACGCAGGUUGGACAGGCCUUAAGUGCCACUGAGGGACCAGCAUACAGCCAGUCUGCCAUCUGCAGACACACCAUCCUGAGAAGCCACUUUUUCCUACCACAGGAUGCCCAAGAGAGCUCUAUAGCUAGCAGUCUGACAGCCAAACUGAACCCUGGCCUUUUGUAUCCUGCCAGGUUCGAAAAGCUGGACAUCACCCCUAAAAGUGCCCAGAAGAUUAAGCCCGUUCUUGAGCGGUGGAUGGCUGAGGCUGAAGCCCGCCACCGAGCAGGAAUGCAGAAUCUAACUGAGUUUAUCGGCAGUGAACCUUCCAAAAAACGCAAGCGGCGGACGUCUUUCACCCCCCAGGCCUUGGAGAUCUUAAAUGCCCACUUUGAAAAGAAUACACACCCAUCAGGCCAGGAAAUGACAGAAAUCGCCGAGAAACUGAACUACGAUCGGGAGGUGGUUAGAGUUUGGUUCUGCAACAAGAGGCAAGCGCUGAAAAACACAAUUAAACGCUUAAAACAACCUGAGCCCUCAACAGGCUUGGCCAUGGAACCACUCACAGACUCUUUCGAAGAAACCUCUUAA